AUGAGUAUUUUACCACAAUUUCCCAUCCCGAAACAUUGAAUAAUGAGUAGUAUUUUUAGUCAACACCAAAUUAGUAAAACACUCUAUUGCUAAUUUACCAUUACAGAAUAAAAAUGUGGACAUGAGUACCGGUCUUAAAAAGUUAAUACAACCUAACGAUUUAUUGUUAUUGUUUAUUGUUUAGAUUAUAUUCACCUUGGAAUUCGCUGCAUACUGGGUACAGUUAUUUUUACAUUUAUAUUAGAAUGGUAACAUGGAACAAUUUGAAGUAUUUCCAUUACACCGAUAUAAACAUCUCACCAAACAAUGUUGUGCUGUAAUUAAUUCUGAAUGGCCACGCAGUGAAAUGGCUAGGUUACAUAGUUUGGAGGCGUCUUGUGAUACCUUGCCAACUUCUUUGGUGCUGGCUAAGGAAGAAGAAAAAGAUAACUUCAAAACAGUUUUAGGACAUGCAAAAAUUACACCAAUACCAUCUAUUCCAGAUAGUGGUUUUAUUGAAACAGUGGUAAUAGUUAAUAAUCACAGAGGACAAGGACUAGGAAAAUAUCUUAUGCACAAGACUGAAGAAUACAUGAAAACGUUGGGCUUAAAUGCUGCCUAUUUGUCCACGAUUGACAAACAAGAAUUUUACUCAAAACUCGGUUAUAUUCAAUGUCAGCCAAUUUCAAUUUAUGGUGGCCGUUUGAGUAUUAAUAAUUCAAAAAUGGUUUCUGUGAUUGUACCAUCAAGAAAAACAUUCAUGAAAAAACAACUGACAUGAACUAUAUUUUAAAAUUAUUUUUGUUUAUAUUUUAAAUUACAAACAAGGAAUAAAUAUCACUGAUAUAAA